AUGAAGUGGCCAGUGAGUGACUCUGAAUUUCUUAGAGCGAAACAAGGAACGGCGGCUUCGUUCACCGGAGGGGCGGUACCGUGAACGCCUCUUGUUAGAAACUCGCCGUGUGUGACGGUAAUUCGGACAUGACAUCAGCGAGGUAUCACGACAUGCAUACCUUUUCCGCAUUCCGGAAAGACCAGUUGACGACGUGAGCGUUCACAUUGUGACAGCGAGCAGCGUGAAGAUAAGUCGUGCGUAGAAGCGACCAUUGGCAGGAACCAAGCCGACGAGAGCAGCCCUCCGCCCGGGUACGUCUGUGUUGGAGGACCAUGAGCCACUUGAGGUUUAAUAUGAAUUAAGCGGACUCAAGAAACAACCUGAAGUGAAUCGGCAUGGCCGUGUUCAAACCUGAGAAUGUGGAAGACUUCUAUGAGAUUGGAGAAGUACUAGGAAGUGGACAUUUUGGUCAAGUCCGAAGGGUUCGCGAGUUGGCCACCGGGACGUAUUGGGCGGGAAAGUUCCUAAAGCUUCGCAAGACCUCGUGCAGCCGUCUGGGCCUGGAGAGGAGCCAUGUGGAGCAGGAGGUGGAGGUGAUCCAAGCUCUACAGCACCCUAACAUCGUCGCUCUGAAAGACGUCUUUGAGAGUCGGUCGGAGGUGGUGCUCAUUCUGGAGAUCGUUAGCGGCGGCGAGCUGUUCGACUUCAUUGCCGAGAAGGAGAACCUGACGGAAGACGAAGCCAUCGAGUUCAUGAAGCAGAUCCUGAACGGACUGGGCUUCAUGCACAGCAAGAACAUCGCCCACUUUGACCUCAAGCCAGAAAACAUCAUGCUGUCGGACAAAGAGUGUCCUCAUCCUAACAUCAAACUCAUUGACUUUGGCCUUGCGCACCGUUUUAACUCAGGGGAGGAGUACAGGAGCACAAGUGGAACCCCUCAGUACAUCGCCCCCGAGGUGAUUAACAGUGAAGCCCUGAACACAGCGGCAGAUAUGUGGAGCAUAGGAGUUAUUACUUACAUACUCUUGAGCGGCUUGUCGCCGUUCCAGGGAGACACUGAUGAAGAGACUCUGAAGAAUGUCCUGGCUAUGAAUUACCGGCUCGACACGCAGUACUUCAGCACCACCAGCUCCACAGCCAAAGACUUCAUUCAGAAACUACUGGUGAAAAAUCCCAGUGACAGACUGACAGCUGAGGACUGUCUUCGCCAUCCAUGGAUCAAGCCCAUCACACGCAAACAGAUGGCCAACAGGAACCGAUCCUCGAUCAAUAUGAAGAACUUUAAGAAGUUCAACGCCAGAAGGAAAUGGAAGAUGUCCUAUAACAUGGUAUGGAUGUGUAACCGCCUGGUCCGCUUAAAACUCCUGUGCAAAGGCAGCUCUGAGCCACCUGAGAGACAGUGCGAAAGCGACGUGGAGGACCUUGAAAGCAAGCCCGCCUCUCUGCUGCGCCGAAGACUCAGUAGCAGUUCAUAGAGUUGGCCAGAAGGGGCAGCAAAGUGCAGCAUCUUUGACAGACCAGCUUUCGGCCUUGUGGGGUGAAAUUAAGGAAUAGACUGUUUUUAUUUUGGAAUCUGGUUCAUUCUUGCUGUGGAUAUAUGCAUUUAUAUAUAUUGCAUAUCACGAAACAGUGGAAUAUUUGUGGAUUUUUGGACAUUUUUGAUACAAAACGGCAUGUGAAAUAGUGUAUCCAAUGUUUAAUGUGUUUCCUGCACGCACAGGCAGUACCAAAUGCAAUUAUUGUGUCCACUGAUGGACAUACUCGUAAACAAAGAGGUGGGGAAAAAACAUGUUUUGCUGCAAUUUAUACACAUUUUUAGUGCACCGUAUACUCCAAUUUCUCGUCUUGAUUCUUCAGAAAAACAUUCCUACCUCAAUGUUAUUUUCGUGGCAUCAUGGCUGCCACCUCCUGUGUAUCGUGGCUAAUGCAAUGUAGUUCAACACCUUUUAUCCAUUCAUACGCUAAAAACAUCCUGUCUGGCUUUUAAGGAUGAUCUGACACUAUCAUUUGCCUUGUGUUAAUGAUGCAUUCUGCCGUCUAGUCAUACAAAUUGUGUAAAAAUAUAUAUACAGUAUAUAUAGAAAUUGUGUGCAUGUUUGUUAAAAUGAGCUGCAUUUGUCUCUUACGGCCUAAUUCUUUCCCUGUGAUGCAACUGGAAAAAAAGCAUAAAAUGCACUUGUCAGUUUAUUUUUGUUAGUCUGAAAUAUAUAUAUAUA